UUAGAGAAAAUAAUGAUUAUUUCUAGACAAAAUACAUAUGCAUGUGUAUAAUCGGGCAGGUUCGGGUUGGAUAGUGAGAAAUCCAUGCCCACCCAUUACCCGAAAUAUUCGGGUUCGGAUUUUACCCGUAGGCCGGAUUCGGGUGGAUACCCAUGGUUACAGAUAUUUUUGUCAUCUCUAUUUAGGCGUCACUGUUUUGGUCUUCAUCUUCGGGGAGUUCGCAGCCCGACUUCACGAUCGCGAUACAUGGGUCACGGCCACUUCCUCAAUCCUCGCGGUCAGGGAAGACAGUGACCGUGAUUUGACUGUCGAAACUUUCUGUUUUCUCUUAGGUGGCAUCCUCACAACGUUUACGUCCAAGGGCUCCUUUUUUGCGGUCUGCUGUCUCGGGCCGCGAUCUUCUCUCCUACUUCGCGGUCUGCUGUCUCGGCCGAGAUCUUUCCCUUCCAGGCUUAAGAUCCACUGUAUGUCAUGGAAAGGACUUUGUUGGAGCAAGCAUGAGCGUGGAUUGGAAUUUUGUCGGUUUGAGCUAUUUAAUCAAUCUUUAUUGGCAAAGAUUGCGUGGCGAGUUCAUACGGAUCCUGAUUAACUACUUGUGCAGAUUUACAAAGGAAAGUAAUUCCCCAAUGACUCCAAUUUUUUGGCUACUAAGAGAUCUCUACCCUUUUGGGGUUGGCAGGGGGUACUCUAUGGCUGUCAGUUACUCAGGCAAGGCAUGCCUUGUCAGAUUGGGUUUGGGAGAUUACAUUCCGAUAAUGUAUGAGGGUUGGAUCCCAUUGAUUUACCCUAAUCGUCCAUUAAUCCGAUUGGAGGCUCCUUGUGAUGGAAAUUAGAUGAUUUAUGGGUUAAUUAAUCGGGAUCAUGGUGAAUGGUGUUUGGAGUGCUUGCAUUCGGCUUUCUACCCGGAGACGGUACGUGACAUUUUGGAAAUACCUUUGCCGCAGUUUGCUAUACCAGAUAGGCACGAUUGACGCGAGGACUCGUCUGGAGUAAUAUAAGAUGAAGUCCGGUUAUAGAUUGGCUGAGCGAAAAUCUCGCUUGGUGGGUAAAUGCAGACAGGAAUGUAGCACGAUGGAUCGAGGCCUCUGGAUUAAAGUAUGGGAUUUGCCAAUUCAACUGGAGCUUAAAUUCUUUGCAUGGGAGCUCUUACAGAGACUUUUGCCUAUGGUGGAGGUGUUGUGUGACUAAAAGUUACAGGUCCUUCUCCGAUGUCCAGUGUUCUGGUAUAUGGAGGAGAGUACUAAGCACUUUUUUUUGCACUAUCCUGUGGCUAGAGUUCUUUGGGAGGCGAGUGAGUUUUCUGCGGAGCUACAAUUGGUAUCGGCUGUAUGCUUCAAUAUCUUCUUAUGUUGUUCUUGGAACGAGACUCUUCCCCUUCGCGGGUUGUGCGAUUUCUUUGCCUAUUGUGGAGAAUUUGGAAGGCUAGGAAUGAGGUGGUCUUUGGGAAAACAGACUCUCCCUAGAAUCCUCAAACUCUAGUUUCUGUUUCAGGUGGAAAAAUGGUUACAGCCUUACAGGUUCCAGCGGGGCAAUGGUUUGGAACUUGGCUUGGCAAUUCCGACAGCUUUGGCAGGUAAUGAUGAAGAGGUGGGGGAUUCUCCGACGAAUAGUGUUUGUUCCUUUGAAAGGGUUGUAUGAACGGUUCUCAUGCGACAGGAGGGCUGGUGUUACUAGAUACGGCAGGUAUUGUCGUGGGUGCUCACGAGAUGUGCUACUAUGGUCUUCAAAAUCCGUGUGUAGGGAUUUCGGCGCUACGGGAUGCAAUCAGGUGGUGUCAAGCUCGGGCUAGACGUGGUCUGGAUCAAAUGCAAUGUGAAGGUCAUUAUAGACAAGGUGAAUGCCAGUGAAGUUCGUGAUGCUGCUGGUGGCGCCCUAUUUGAACAAAUUCGACAUCUCCUAUUGUCUUCUCUUGGGUUUCAGAUUAGAUUUGUGGAUAGGCAGAACAAUAAAGUAGCCCAUAAGAUGGCUAGAAAAACCUUGUCUUUGUUUCAUAUGAGUUGUAAUAGCUUUGGUUUUCAAGCAUGGCUCUGGUCAAGGUCUGGAUCUGUGUAACUUUGUGUUCUUGUUAAUACAAGUGAGCUUGUAAAAAAAAGAUGUUCUCUUUAUUAAAAACUGUCUCUAUUCCAGAUUUUGGAGAAAGUUAUCUCAAAAUCUAAAGACAAAAGAAUAUACCUUACGACAAGUAACUGAUGUAUUUACAACAUGAGUGAUCCCAAACUUAGACAACCAACCAUUACAAUUAGAAGCUGAAUAUUGCAGUAAUUAGGAGCCGUGCUAGGAUGUAAUUACUAUUUGAGUUAGUUCAAAAAAUUAUAUGCAUAAAAUGGUAAGUGAUGGCAAUUUGUGAUGGCAUAAAAUGGUAAGUGAUGGCAAACACGCCCCAACUGUGAGCUCCUGCCAACCAAAGUCGCUGGUGAUGGGAAGCCUGCAAUGGGAGUGGUGACGCUGCGUAGGGGAGCUGCUCGUAGCAAAAGCAAGGCCAAAAAAGAGUUGUUGGUUACUGAAACGCAGCAGAGGGGGAUUCCGAAUGAGAAUCGUCGCAAGCUUCAAACCAUUGCUACGAAGGGCCUUGGUCCCAAAAAAGCUGGAGGGCGAGCUGAGAGAUCCGACCGAAAGGCGAAAGGCGAUGGAAGAAUGCCAAAGGAGAUUGUGGAACAUCGUACUUCGAUAGGGGAGUGGAGUGAUGAAGACCCGCUCGGGGUGGCUCCGAAGGGUUCUGAUGGGGUGGACCAACCGAUUGGGAAAGACAAGGCAGAUGGGGAGAGUUCUGGGGAGGAUGCUCAGUUGUUUGAGGUUCGCCGUUGUGGCCCGAAUAAGCCCAAGGAGGCCCAGCAAAAGGUGGUCCAGCCCAACCGAGUGAGCCAGGUGGUUAAGGCAUUUGAAAAAGGCCUCAGCAUGGCGGAUCCAGUGCUUCACGUGGAUAUGGGCUAGCCGAGCCCAAAUGAGGAUCCUUUAGGGCCGACGGUGGGAAAAAUUCAGGGGGGAGGCACUAUAAUUGAUGAGUAUGGCUCCAAUUUGAGUGACCCAGUGGUGGGAAAUAAAAAAAGACAGCUGCUGGAAAUUGAUGGGGAGGUUGCGGAGUCUCCUACCCCCUAAGAAGCAAUUUAUUGAAGAGGUUAUUGGAUUGGAUUCGGUGGAGGAAGCCAGCCGUGAGUGGCCCCAGUCCGUUAAAUGAGGCUUCUGGCCUGGAAUGUGAGAGGAAUUGGACCAUCCCUCACAUUCCAAACUGCUAUUAGUUUGGUUUUUUCCAAUAAACCGGAUCUCGUUUUCUUUUCUGAAACUCGAUCGAGCCGGCGUAUAGUUACCCGUCGUAUGAGGGGCUUAGGUUUUGAGAUUUCUCGUUGUCUUUUUGUUGAUGCAAUUGAAGCAUCUGGUGGUCUUGUAGCUGCUUGGUCCCCCGGAGUUAACGCUUCGGUGUUCUAUCAUUCCAAUUUUUGUAUUUGUGUUCGGAUUAAUGAAGUGGAUUUUGAGUAUGUGGUGGUGUUUGUUUACAUUAAUUGCAAUGCUUCGAUUCGUGCCUCCCAGUUGGCUCAGCUUCAUGAUAUUUGUGACGCUUUCCAUCUCCCCUAUGUCAUCAUUGGGGAUUUUAACGCUACUCUGCACGAGAGUGAGAAAGAUGGGGGUCUCACAUGGAAUGCGGCCCACUCUGCUAGCCUUCGUGGUUUUGUCCAGGAGUUAGGUCUUCAUGACCCUGGGUUUCAGGGGGAUCAGUUUACCUGGACAAAUAAACGUUUGGGUCCGGC